CUGACCAGAAUGAACCUCUAGUCUAAACUGUUGUAAAAAAAUAAAAACAUGGGGUUUAUCGUUCAGGGACGGCUCUUUAUAAUGAGACGUUUAGUUAUAUAUGUUUAAUCAGUGUUUCACAGUGGCGCCUGUCCUCUUUCUCCUGCUUGUUUACAUUUAGUUUAAUUUUUAUAUUAAUUUAUUUUGGUCAUGGAUUACCUGCUGCAGGUCAAAGUGGGAGCGCUGGUUGGGCUGCUGUUCUUAACGCUGAUUUUUGGGUUCAUCCCAGCGCGGAUGAAAUGGUUUCGAGACUCAAGUGGAACCGCAAUCCACAGGGCAGUGCUGAGUUUUGUGAGCUGUUUUGCGGGAGGCGUCUUCCUGGCCGCAUGUCUAUUAGACAUCAUCCCAGACUACCUGUCAGACAUACAGUUGGAACUCCAAAAACAAGGCCUUGAUGAGGGCUUCCCUCUCGCAGAAUUCAUCAUGGCCUGUGGCUUCUUCACAGUCCUGAUCUUGGAGAAAAUAGUCCUCAGCUGCACAGAGGGACGCAGAAACGAGGAAACGGCUCCUCUUUUAGCUCCUGAGGGCCACGGACAUGCUCAUGGAAAUCACUCGCUGAAUAACCUGGAGGGGAGUGGUCACCACGUCCAUGUGGAUCUACAUGCACACUCGUCCUUCCGUUCCUUCAUGCUCUUCCUGUCUCUCUCCCUCCACUCAGUGUUUGAGGGUUUGGCCAUCGGCUUGCAGACCAAAGACACCAAGGUGCUGGAAAUCUGCAUCGCUAUUAUUGUCCACAAGAGCAUCAUCGUCUUCAGUCUGUCAGUGAAGCUGGUUCAAAGCGCAGUCAAGCCCAUAUGGGUGGCUCUGUACGUUACGGUCUUCGCUAUGAUGUCUCCGCUCGGCAUUGGCAUCGGCAUCAUAGUGAUCGAGGCUGAGCUGAAGGCCGGUGCUUUAAUACAGGCAGUGCUGGAGGGACUGGCGGCCGGAACUUUUGUCUACAUCACCUUCCUAGAAAUCCUUCCUCAUGAACUGAACUCCCCAGAGCGGCCACUGCUCAAAGUCCUCUUCAUUCUGUUUGGGUUCUCUAUAAUGGCCUGCCUGAGUUUCCUGGGCUAAAAGACACUUUUAUUUUUGUAACCAUAUCAGGAGAACUGACGGUCUUAAGGAGAUCACAAUCGGAUGAGACUUUCAAAACGGCACGUGAUUUCAAGACAAUGAGAGACUCUGUUUGCUUGCUUUAAAAAAGAACUGAGAGUUUGAUUUUUAAAACCACACAAAAAUAUCUUUUGUUUUACUUUUACUUUUAACACAUCAAUUCACACUUAAUUUUAAAAGGUGCCUUUUCAAUGGACUUUCAUACUUGAAACUUUUACUAUGGGGAUUUUACAUUUUGUAUCUAGAUUCUUGAGGAAUACAAGUAGUCCUGUGUACUUGUAAUACAUUUAUUUACUUGAACAGGAAUAUUUCGCUGAAGUAUUAUGUUUUCAUGCCACCUUUGUGUUUCUUUACCAGCAUAGCAUUAACCCUUCUAACAGGUUCUGGAUCUAAUCAAAUACUUACAUGUUAGUAUACAUUUUUCACAUGAUACGAUCAUUAACUGACACUUUUUAUUUGUUUAUGGUUUUUAUGUUCUGAUUUAUUUUAAGAAACAUUUUUCAAAAAGAUAAGACACAAGAUUCCAAAAUUGGGAACAUAGUUGUAAAAUAUAUUGUGUGUACAUUAAAGAGCAUCGAUGUGUAUUUUUCAUAAUCAUAUUAUUGUAUGUUUAUUUACUGUGUUUGCAGAAUCAUUGAGCAUCAUAUUAAAUACAUAUGAAUACAUGAACAGUUUAAAAAAAGCAGGCAGAACAACUUGGUCAGGAAUUGAAUUUAUGUCUGAAAUGAUGUUUUCAGAGCAUUUUCCCUAACAAGCAACUGAAUGAAACAACAUUUAAAAAAGCUUAUUUGUAAUUAAUAUAGAAAAUAAAAGCUCACUGAUCAAAAACACUUAAACAAGCCAAACAAUACCACUAGUUACUUUAUGACCAUGAACUCUUUAUCUUGCAAUACCAUAUUUUGCCUUAAGAUGCCCGACUGUUGCGAAUGAAUGCACUUAAAUCAUUGACAAGCUGCUUGAGGAGAAAGAUCAAUUAAAAGGAUUGUUCUAUGGGAGAUCUUUAUUUUACAUCAUGCUACUAAUCUGCUGGCCUGUAGCCUGCUGGAUAUCAUCUAGAUCUUCUGUCUGGUC